GUUCCCGACACAGACUACACCCAGGAAAAGAAUUGCAAACGCCAUGUUGAAGCCAUCACUGCUACUGAAACCCCUCUUACUCCUGCAGCUGCCUCUGCUGGGGGUGGGGCUGAACUCCAUGGUCCUCCAGCCCAGUGGGAAUGAAGACGCCACAGCUGAUCUCUUCUCAAACUCUAUGACUCCUGAGUCCCUUAGUGUUUCUACCUUGCCUCUCCCAGAGGUUCAAUGCUUUGUGUUCAAUGUGGAGUACAUGAAUUGCACUUGGAACAGCAGCUCUGAGCCCCAGCCUACCAACCUGACUCUGCACUAUUUGUACAAGAACUUUGAUCGUAAUACAUUCCAGGAGUGUGGCCACUAUCUGUUCUCAGAAGACAUCACUUCUGGCUGUUGGUUUCAAAAAGAAGAAAUUGAUCUGUAUAAAACAUUUGUUAUUCGGCUCCAGGACCCUCAGAAACCCAAGAGAUGGGUCACAUCAAGGCUAGCACUACAAGAUCUGGUGAUCCCUUGGGCUCCAGAGAAUCUCACACUUCACAACAUAAGUGAAUCUCAGCUAGAACUGAGGUGGGACAACAGAUACCUUGAUCACUGUUUACAACACCUGGUGCAGUACCGGAGUGACAGGGAUCGUGGCUGGACUGAACAAAUAGUGGAUCACAGAAGGCGCUUCUCCCUCCCUAGUGUGGAUGGGCAGAAACUAUAUACAUUCCGAGUUCGGAGCCGCUUUAACCCACUUUGUGGAAGUGCUCAGCUUUGGAGUGAAUGGAGCCACCCAAUCCACUGGGGAGGCAAUACUUCAAAAGAAAAUCCUUUGUGGUUUACAUUGAAAGCUUCACUUAUACCCCUUGGCUCUGCAGGAGUGAUUAUUUGCCUCUUCUUUGUGUAUUUUUGGCUGGAAAGGACAAUGCCCCGAAUUCCCACUCUCAAGAGCCUAGAGGAUCUGGUUACUGAAUACCAUGGGAACUUUUCGGCCUGGAGUGGUGUGUCUAAAGGAUUGGCGGAGAGUCUGCGGCCAGACUACAGUGAACGAUUCUACCAUGUCAGUGAGAUUCUCCCAAAAGGAGGAGCCUUAGUGGAGAGGUCUGGGGGCUCCCCCUGCAGCCAACAUAGCCCUUACUGGCCCCCACCAUGUUAUACCUUGAAGCCUGAAACCUGAGCUUCUAUCUCCAGCUGGAACCCCAAGGUCCUGUAGCCCUAAGUUGUAUUAACGUCCUCUCACCCACCCUGCCAAUUUAGGUCCAAAGCUCAUUGCCACCCCCUCUGGCUAAGUUUGAUUUUUUUUUCUUGAUGGUACUGGAGAUUAAACCCCAGAACCUUCCACUUGAGCUAUGUGCCCAGUCCUAAUGGUAAAUUUUGUACUCCAAAUGUAACUGAACCUUAAUUAGAUAUCACCCUACUUAAGAAUUGUCCCUUUACGCUGCACAAAUUUCUCAUCUCCCCCAAUUUAGCCCUUUCUUUAUUUUUGCCAGUCCUGGGGCUUGAACUCAGGGCCUGAGCACUGUCCUUGGCUUCCUUUUGCUCA